AGUGUACCGAAUUAUUUCAAGCACAUUUGUGUUCCGAGGACUGUGUAGCUUAAGUCAAGUUUCAACAUGCUUACUGCAGUGUUCCUGUGGGCAAGCCUCGUUGGUCUUACGGUUCACGGUGCACCAACGACAAUAAAUGCUCAUCCAGUAUCGCCGAAUGAUACUGAAAAUAAAGACAGGAUAGAGGUUCAGCCAGAACAAGACGAGAAUGAAGUGUUAAUUGACGGAGAAAAGCUGCCCGAAGACAAAUCGAGUGAACCUCCCAAAAGGGCCUUCAACCAGAUGAGGGCAGAGACCGGAGGUCUUUUUCCUGGUUUCCAUCAGAGUGGUGACCCGACGCUCAUUCUGGGGGGCUUUUCCCUCAUCACGAUGCCAAUGCCAGGAGCGAACGGAUUCUUACAGAACAUCCUGCCGCUGCUGCAGAAGUUCCCUGCUCCCACGCAACUUCUAUCAGGAUAGAGCAGACCGAAGGAAUCGGAUGUUGAGAACUUUGUCUUUGUUGUUACACUUUAUGUACAGUAAAUCCAUUUAAAAU